GCUUCCUCCCCCACCCCCGCCACGCGAGGCCGCGGCGCACGAUUGAAGAAUGUCCCGAGUUCCCUUGGGGAAAGUCCUCCUGAGGAACGUCAUCCGGCACACAGAUGCUCACAAUAAGAUUCAGGAGGAAUCAGAUAUGUGGAAAAUAAGAGAGCUGGAGAAACAGAUGGAAGAUGUGUACCGGGGGACGAAAAGGAAAAUGUUACCCAGCAGUUCAAGCCGGAUGCGUAGUGAUGGUUUUGAUGAAGAAAGUCAAAGAGACUACUGGAGGCCAAAGAGUGAAAUUUCUGGGGCACUGGAUGAUGAUUUUCUUAAGGCUAAAUCCUGGAACAAGAAGUUACAUGAUUAUGAAGCUAACAUGCCAGACAGAUGGGGUCACAGUGGAUAUAAAGAGUUAUACCCUGAAGAAUUUGAAACAGACAGUGAUCAGCAAGAUAUUACCAAUGGGAAGAAAACAUCUCCCCAGGUAAAAUCAUCUACCCAUGAAUCUCACAAACACAAGAAGUCAAAGAAAUCCCACAAAAAAAAGCAGAAAAAAAAGUCACACAAAAAACAGAAGAAAAGCAAAAAGGAAGCCACAGAUAUAACAGCAGAUUCCUCAAGUGAGUUCUCAGAAGAAACUGGGGCUUCUAGUACCAGGAAAAGGAAACAAUCACAUAAGCGCAAGAAAAAAUCCAGGAAGAAAUCUCUCAAGAAAUCUGCUUUAUUCUUAGAGGUGGAGUGUGACACUUCCCAGUCAGAUGAUUCUGCAUCCAGCAGUUCUGAGGAAAGUGAGGAAAGAGACAGUAAGAAAACCAAAAGGAAAAAGAGAGAUAAAAAAGCCCACAUCCCUGUAGUCAACAGUGAAAUACAGGAGAGGACAAACAAACGCACAAAUUGGAAAGUGGCUACAGAUGAGAGGUCUGCUGAGAGUUCAGAGGAUGACUAAAUGAGAAAGAAACACGUUUCCUUGCAUGACUCUGGAUAUUUACAGCUCUUACACCUUGGGGAUUUGCCAGUGACUCUAUUGCUCAGCACAGGGGGCCUGAGGUCAGAGUUGUCCUGUGCCAUCUAUAUACAUUCUGACAGACUUCUUGUCUUCUAUUUUGGCCUGUUAAACUUGAUCCUCUUAUUGUUAAUAGGGAAUCGGUUAUUUUGGUAUGAAGGUUUCUUGAAGAGAUUAUUUUUUGUGAUUAAUCACAUUUAGCAUAGAGUGCAUAUGCAGUAAAUUAAAGGACCCGGAAAGCUGAAUCCAGUAAUGACCUGGGUAUACCAAUUGGAAUGUUGAAUUUGGGGAAAGCAAGGACGGGGGUCAGAUGGAUUGGAACUAGUGCUGUAUACAAUGGUAUGAU